GCAGCAGGGCUGCCAGCAGCCGCCGGAAAAUCAUCGUUCUCCGAGCGCCCGGGAACUCGGGGCACGCCUCACUCACCUUCCGACCGGCCACGCCCGACGGCGGACAAGGCGGCGCCGCAUGAUGACGACACAGCCGCACCACGAUUGGCCCUGACCACGUCCGCUUACUGCAGCAGGCCGCACACAUUUCCGUUUCCGCCGCCGCCGCCGCCUGGUCCUUCCAGUCGUGGCCGCGUCGUGGUUCGUGUCUCCGCACCAUGUCCGGUGGUCUCCUGAAGGCGCUACGCAGCGACUCCUACGUGGAGCUCAGCGAGUACCGGGACCAGCACUUCCGGGGUGACAAUGAAGAACAAGAAAAAUUACUGAAGAAAAGCUGUACAUUAUAUGUUGGAAAUCUUUCCUUUUAUACAACUGAAGAACAGAUUUAUGAACUCUUCAGCAAGAGUGGUGAUAUAAAGAAGAUCAUCAUGGGUCUGGAUAAAAUGAAGAAAACGGCAUGUGGGUUCUGUUUUGUGGAAUACUACUCGAGAGCAGAUGCAGAGAAUGCCAUGAGAUACAUAAAUGGAACUCGUCUGGAUGACCGGAUCAUACGUACAGACUGGGAUGCCGGCUUUAAGGAGGGCAGGCAGUAUGGACGUGGACGGUCUGGGGGUCAGGUUCGAGAUGAAUAUCGGGAGGACUACGAUGCUGGGAGAGGCGGCUAUGGCAAACUGGCACAAAAACAGUGAGUGGUGAAAGCCCCAAGUACACAGCUCACUCUGUUGAUGAUGCUGGAGAACAUUACCCAAGGUCUGAUCAGUAUAGUGUCUCUGUUGCACUGGAAGCCACUUCUGGUUUUCCUCUGAAAUAUUAAAAGACAGAAUCCAAAAGAAUGCCUUUAAUUCUAGUCUUACUAGGUUGAUUUUCUUAGUUGUUACUAAGUCAAAAACUGUAUUCCUGGGCAACAGAAUCUGUGUCAAUUAAACUGUCAGCUGAAUGCUACACUUCUUUUAGGGAGACUGGAAAAUGUCAGAAAUGACUUUACAAGCAAACUGGUAAUCGUCAUGGGGACAGAAAUGAUUUUAUAUUGUAAGUUUGCAUAUGUAUUACUGAGGUUUUGCUCUAGUCUGUAGCGUUGCUCUAAAUUAGGAACAGGUGUUUGCUUUUUAUAUUUCAAUACAGUUGGUACAGAAGUCAGCCUGCAAUGGUCCUGAGAUGCUUCCUGCUUCUGUGCGUAUACCUCAGGACACUAUCAGUCAGGACUUGAAAAGUGUUCACUAAACACAUCCCUCAAAAGACACAGAUGUUUCACUGACAGUUUAAAACAAAACAGAAAACCAAAACCCCAAGGACUAUUUUAUACAAAGAGCCUCUGCUAUCCAAAGAAGUAGGGGAAGACAUUGUCAGUAGGGAAUGGAAUCUAACUUCAGACACUUGGAAGCUUUGACUGUGGCUAUUAGAUUAUUUCUUCCCAUUUUCAAAAUGACCUUGGAGUUGAAUGGGCUUUUAAAAAGGGCUUCAGUUCAAGGCCACCCUGAGUACCUUUUGAGUCUGCCUCAAAAUAGAAACAGAAAAGGGGCAAGAGGAGACACAGGGCACAGUGGGCAGGCACUUACUUGAGUGGUCAUGGUUUAGUCCCCAGGACUGCUCAAACAGGAGUUUGAAGGCUGGGAAUCUUUUAACAACAGAAAAACUCCCCCCAAAUGUCUGUGGAAAAUAACACCUCGCUGUCAUGCAGUAAAUAGUAAGCUGAAGGUCUCUACAGAGAAGUCUAGAGAAUUUUGCAGUUUUGUUCUAAUAUUACAUAUGAAUAAUUUUUCAUGAUACAAAAAAGGCAAAUCUUUUCACCUGUUAACUUCUAAUUCUCACUUUUGAGUUUUUCAAGGUGGGACAGAACAUCUUUGAGGUUUUGGUUUUCUUGGAGCUGUAAUAACUGUAAUGGAACAACUUAGGAAACCCAUUUGCAAACAAUGAGGAGACACUUGAGUUUUAAAUAAAGCUUUUAUACUGCAGUUUGAACUGUUUGUCUUACAUUCUUUUGUAGUAACCUACAACUCAGAUUUCUAUAAUCGUAUGACCCAAAACAGUGGAAAUUUUAUCUUCUGUAACAAGUUUAAAUAAAUUUAGACCAACUUA